GGCCAAAAUGAAUAUCCGCCAACAAUUGACCCAGUUCCUUAGUUUGGCCUAUGUUUUCACUUCUGCGUUCAUCAUGUGGAAGACUCUCGGGGUGGUGGCCAAUUCGCACUCGCCCAUCGUGGUGGUGUUGUCCGGGUCUAUGGAACCGGCCUUUCAGAGAGGCGACAUCUUGUUUUUGUGGAACAGGGACACACGCGCGAGUGUAGGGGAUGUUGUAGUUUAUGAAGUCAAGGGCAAGUCGAUCCCCAUAGUCCACCGUGUGAUGAGGGAGCACCGGUCUGACGGAGACCAGCUAUUGCUCACAAAGGGCGACAACAACGCCCAGGACGACCUCCUGCUUUACCACAAGAAGCAGUCCUAUCUCAACCAAAGAACCGAUCUUGUGGGCACGGUCAAGGGCUACUUCCCUAAGCUUGGAUAUAUCACGAUUCUUCUCACGGAGAACAUGUACUUCAAGUACACCAUGUUAGGGUUCAUGGGUCUCUCCGCGCUCAUCAGCGGCGAGUAGCAAUGUAACAUAGAUCAAUACACAGAAUGAAAGUACCGGGCUUGCACAAAUAGUUCUGCUCGUGCCAACAGUGCCAUGAAGGACGCGGG